AUGGAAAUUACUGAAGUAUUGCCAAUUAAAUCAUUAGAUGAAGCAUUAUCUUGGAAACCAUUAGCUGAAUCUCUACCAGUUAUACAUUUACAAGAUCGUGCAAAUUAUUCCAUUAAUGGCAAAGAUUAUAAAUGCCAUGAACGAUUUAUAACAUCAAAAAGAUUAUUAAAUCAAGGACUUCCAAAAACACUCAUAUGUCAUGACAUGCAAGGCGGUUAUUUAAAUGAUCGAUUUGUCAAUGGAACAAAAACUAGUAAUGAAUAUAUAUUUUAUAAUUGGUCUAUAAUAGAUACAUUUGUUUAUUUUAGUCACAAUUUUAUCACUAUUCCACCAAUUGGUUGGAUAAAUGCAGCGCAUAAACAUGGUGUUAAAGUUCUUGGGACACUUAUUACAGAGUGGAAUGAUGGAAAUGAUUUAUGGUUACAAGUAUUUGGCAAUUUAGAAAAAAGAGAUAUCUUAGUAGAUAAGUUAGUGGAAAUAUGUAAAUAUUAUAAAUUUGACGGUUAUCUUUUUAAUGUAGAAAAUGAAUUAGAAUCAGAAAAUAUUGAAAAUAUGAUAGAAACUGUAAGUUCAUUAAGAACUAAAUUGAAAACUGUAAUAACACACUCAGAAGUUAUUUGGUAUGAUUCAGUUAGUAUGGAAACAGGAAAACUUAUUUGGCAAAACCAAUUAAAUAAUCACAAUAAACUAGCAUUUCAAGCUUGCGAUGGUAUAUUUUUGAAUUACAAUUGGAAAGAAGAAGAUCUCGUGAAAUCUGUAGCUAAUGCCGGAAGUAGGAUAGUUGAUGUUUAUGUUGGAGUAGAUGUAUUUGGUAGAAAUUGUAUAGGAGGUCUUGAUUGUUAUAAAUCAUUAGAAAUUAUCAGGAAAUAUGAUUUGUCUGUUGCUAUUUUUGCGCCUGGAUGGACUUAUGAGACAUUAAAUGAUAAAAGUAAAUUCAUUGCAAUGGAAGAUAUUUUUUGGAGAAAACUUUAUCCGUAUAUGUAUAUUCAUGUUCCUUCUACACUACCAUUUUCUACAUAUUUUUGUAGAGGUCACGGGGCAAAGAAAAUUGAUAAUUUUGUUUUGUCUUCAACGGAUCCCUGGUACGACUUAUCAAAACUAAAUUUUCAGCCAUCUGUUCCAUUAUGUUUAAUUAAUGGUAACUUUCCUUGUAUUUCUCAUGUUGAUGGAGAAGCAAUUACAGGAGGUGGUUGCUUAAAAUUAAAUGGCAACAAUGAAAACGCAACUUAUCAUAGAAUAUUUUUAUGUCACUUUGAAAUCAAAUCAACAUUAUAUUUUGAAAUAACUGUUAAGGCAUUAAAGCCUUAUGAAUCUCAUAAAAUAUUUUUGGGCGCAUUGGAUCCUUAUGGAAUGCCAUAUAAAAUGGAGUUUGGCAUUCAAGGUGAUAAUAAUAUGUUUUUCAAUAAUUGUGAUGACUACAGUUGUAUUAUUCCUAAUUCCAAAAUAUAUAACUUAUCGUUAGAAAAUGGAUGGUUAUUACAUAAAUUAAAAUGCGAAAUGGUUGGGACAAUAGUGGAAGUUGCAAUUGAAACUGAAGAACCGUUACUUAUUGGACGUUUAUUUAUAAAUGAUGGAAGUAUUUUGUAG